AUGGAUUCUGAAGAUGAUAGGAGUAUUCACGAUGACAACGAUAUUGAGUCUCUCGAUGACGAUUUCUACAUGGAUAACUACAGUGACUAUGAUGAAGAUGCUGCUGAUGUUGCCGAAGGUGAUUCUAAUCCUGUUGAGUCUCGUCGAACCGAGCAAAGUUUCACUGUAUUGAAAGAAUCAGAUAUACGGCAACGUCAGGAAGAUGAUAUCAGUAGAUUAGCAGAUUUUCUUUCCAUAUCGCAUGUUGCUGCAAGCCUUCUUCUUCGUCAUUAUAAUUGGAGUGUCAAUAAGGUUAAUGAUGCUUGGUUUGCUGACGAAGGUGAAGUUCGAAGAACAGUUGGUUUGUUGGAGAAGCCAGUUUAUGAGAAUCCUGGUGAUGCAGAUGAGAUUACUUGCGGCAUCUGUUUUGAUGCUUACCCUCUUUCUGAGAUUGAAACGGCUUCUUGUGGUCAUCCGUUCUGUUUUUCAUGCUGGGGAGGAUAUAUCGGGACUUCAAUUAGCGAUGGUCCGGGAUGCUUGAUGCUGAGAUGUCCUGAUCCUGCUUGUAAGGCAGCUGUUGAUCAAGACAUGAUUAAUCUUGUAGCAUCUGAUGAAGAUAAAGAAAAGUAUGAUCGUUACCUUCUCAGAUCAUACAUUGAAGACAAUAAGAAAACCAAGUGGUGUCCUGCUCCUGGUUGUGAACAUGCUGUUAAUUUCGAUGCUGGAAUUCGAAAAAAUUAUGAUGUAUCUUGUCUCUGUUCGUAUAGCUUUUGUUGGAAUUGCACUGAGGAUGCUCACCGUCCGGUGGACUGUGACACCGUGUCAAAGUGGAUUCUAAAAAACAGUGCAGAAUCCGAAAACACCAACUGGAUACUUGCUUACACAAAGCCAUGUCCCGAGUGCAAGAAACCAAUUGAAAAAAACCAAGGGUGCAGCCAUAUGACAUGUAAAUCACCUUGUCACUAUCAAUUUUGCUGGCUAUGCCUUGGUCCAUGGAAAGAACAUAAUGGUGCUUGCAAUCGUUAUGAAGCAGAUAAACAAAAUGAAACUGAAAAAAUAAAAGAAAGGGCAAAGAAAUCAAUUGAGAGGUACACACAUUAUUAUGAGCGAUGGGCUAGCAACCAAUCUUCAAGGGAAAAAGCUCUCGCUGAUCUACAAAAGAUGCAAUCUGUUGAUAUUGACAAGAUUAGAGCCUCACAGGACUUACCUGAGUCACAGGUUAAGUUCAUAACUGAGGCCUGGUUGCAGAUAGUUGAGUGCAGGCGGGUAUUGAAGUGGACAUAUGCAUAUGGAUACUAUUUACCCGAAAAUGAACAUACUAAAAAGCAAUUAUUUGAGUACUUACAAGGUGAGGCAGAAUCAGGUUUGGAGAGACUUCAUCAAUGUGCUGAACAGGAAAUCCAAGUAUUCCUCCGUGACAUUAAUGUUGCCCCAUCUGCAGACGAUGUCCGCCCGUCUAAAGAAUUCAUUGAUUUUCGUUCAAAACUAGCUGGACUGACCAUUGUGACUAGAGACUACUUUGAGAAUUUGGUUAGGGCAUUAGAGAAUGGUUUAUCUGAUGUGGAGGCAUUAGAGAAUGGUUUCUCUGAUGUGGAGGAAUUGGCAUUAGAGAAUGGUUCAUCUAAUGUGGAUGCAUUUCAGAAUGGUUUAUCUGAUGUGGAUGACAAUGGAAUAAUAACUGAUGAUCAUUGGUUUUGUGAGCAAUGUACCUUUGCAAAUGUCGUAUCUGCCACCGCAUGCCGGAUGUGCAAUCAACAGCGUCCAUGGAGUCAGGAAUCAUAGACAUAGUUUUGUGUUGGUUAAUUUCUUUUUGUAAGGCUAUUUAUUAUAAACAAUCCUAGUUUGAUUAGUGUUGAAUUUUUUUCUUAUUAUAUUGAAUUGUCUGAACCUUUCAUUUACAAUAAAUUUUAAAUUUGAUUGCAUAAAUUCAAUUAGUGUUCUUCCUAAACAAACUAUGUAUAAUUUGGAUCAUGUCUUUUAACCUUUCUCUAUACUUUCCUUUAGAGGCACUAUUCUCUGUAUCUCUCAAUUGUCUCUGCAUUUAUCCUAAA